CCUUCUAGAAGAAGAAAGUAUGCAAUUCCGAGCAUCCUGGCGCUUCCAAGCCUCCCUUAAGCUCCUCCAGCAUGACCUCACGAAUCCUGCUACGCCAGCAGCUCAUGCGUGAGCAGAUGCAGGAGCAGGAGCGUCGGGAGCAGCAGCAGAAGCAGCAAGCAGCCCAGUUCAUGCAGCAGCGAGUACCCGUCAGCCAGACACCUGCCAUCAACGUCAGCGUCCCCACCAGCCUGCCCCCCGCCACCCAGGUACCCAUGGAGGUCCUCAAGGUGCAGACUCACCUUGAGAAUCCAACCAAGUACCAUAUUCAGCAAGCGCAGCGGCAGCAGGUAAAGCAGUACCUCUCUACCACUCUAGCAAAUAAACAUGCCAACCAAGCCCUGAGCUUGCCAUGUCCAAACCAGCCCGGUGAUCAUGUCAUGCCACCUGGAACUGGAAGCAGCGCACCCAACAGCCCAAUGGCUAUGCUUACCCUUAACUCCAACUGCGAGAAAGAGGGAUUUUAUAAAUUUGAAGAGCAAAGCAGGGUUGAGAGUGAGUGCCCGGCUCUGAAUACACACUCACGAGCGUCAUGCAUGCAGAUGGAUGAUGUGAUCGAUGAUAUAAUUAGUCUGGAGUCAAGUUACAAUGAAGAAAUCCUUGGCUUGAUGGACCCAGCCUUGCAAAUGGCAAAUACGUUGCCUGUGUCUGGCAAUUUGAUUGACCUUUACGGCAACCAAAGCAUGCCUCCUCCAGGACUAAACAUCAGCAACUCAUGUCCAGCUAAUCUUCCUAAUAUAAAAAGGGAGCUCACAGCAUGUAUUUUUCCUACAGAGUCAGAAGCGAGAGCGUUGGCUAAGGAGAGGCAAAAGAAAGACAAUCACAACUUGAUUGAACGAAGAAGAAGAUUUAAUAUUAAUGAUCGUAUAAAAGAACUAGGCACUUUGAUACCCAAGUCAAAUGACCCGGAUAUGCGCUGGAAUAAGGGAACUAUUCUAAAAGCGUCAGUGGACUACAUCCGUAAACUGCAGAGAGAACAGCAACGCACAAAGGAGCUUGAGAACAGACAGAAGAAGUUGGAACACGCCAACAGGCACCUGCUGCUCCGAAUACAGGAACUUGAGAUGCAAGCUCGGGCACACGGACUGUCCCUUGUCCCCUCUACAGGCCUUUGCUCCCCUGAUAUGGUCAACAGGGUCAUCAAACAAGAGCCUGUGCUGGACAACUGCAACCAAGACAUCAUGCCGCACCACACAGACCUGUCUUGCACUACCACCCUCGAUCUCACUGACGGUACCAUCACCUUCAGCGACAACCUCGGCAAUGUGACUGAACCGACUGGCACUUACAGUGUUCCUGCAAAAAUGGGAUCCAAACUGGAAGAUAUCUUGAUGGACGAUACCCUCUCUCCAGUCGGAGUAACUGACCCGCUACUUUCCUCUGUGUCUCCUGGAGCAUCGAAGACGAGUAGCAGGCGGAGCAGCGUGAGCAUGGAGGACACCGAUCAUGCUUGUUAGCAUAUACUUGGCACGCCUUUCAUAAACUGCUUUGUUUCUUGAUCAGUAGAUUAAAUAAUUUACCUUUUGUAGAAUUUUUUGAUUUUUUUUUUUCCUUGUGCUUCAUUAGUAGCCCAGUGUGUGUGCGUGUGUGUAUAUAUUAUAUAUAUAGGAAUUUUUUUAGAAUUUUUGUGAAGAAACUUGUAUAUUCUAUUUUAAAACUACCAUUGCCUCCAAAAUAUUGUACAGCAUAUGUACAGUAUCUGUGAACUGGAUUCGCCAAGAACUUUGAACUGGUCAAUCUACUCAAAGCAAUAGAAUUACGAAUGAAGAGUCUGUUUCUACUGGGGGGGAGGGGGGAGCUGUAGAAUUGUAAAUGCAACCUAUUUACUUGGAAAUGAAAUGUAAAGUUAAAGAAUGUAAAGAAACCAAAAAAAAAAAAAAGUCCAAUUUGUAGUUGUAUUAAUUGAAUAGUGCUGCCUUAAA